AUGUCAAACAACGAUUCGUGGUGGUUUUAUUUUGAAAGACUUGAGAAUUCACUUGUUCGAUGUAAGGCAGAAGAUUGCAAAUGGGUAAGAGAUCAAGGGGUCACUAAAUCAACUACAACAUUAAAACAUCAUCUUUCAACAAAGCAUCCAGAUCUUUACAAGAUAUAUCAGGAAGCGAAAUUGAAAAAAGACGCAAAAAUAAAAAAAGCAGCAGAGAGUCAGCCAAAAUUGUCGUUUAAAAGAGCUACUAAAGAAAUAGAGGUAAAAUUUCAAUUCAGAACUGAAUUAUGUUAGUUUAAGGACAUUCCCUCUACAUCAGCAAAAAGACCUCAAUCUGUUUUGGAUGAACAACCGAAGAUUACCCAGGCAUUCAGUAAGAUAAAU